GGAGCAAUCAACAUCCAAGUGAACUGAGAGGGAAAGCGAUCAAAUGAUUUCACAUGUGUUGGAAACACUGACAAACAACUACUUGCAUACAAGACGUAUAAAAUUUUAUUCUCCAUAGUACAGUAUUUCUUUUUAAAGAUGAAUGGUGUGAUCUUUUUGACACCAAAGCCAGCUCCUUCACUUGUUAUAGAAGUUGGACGCGGCCAUCUGUGACUUUUCUGGAGCUGAAGUAUUCCCAUACCAGCGAUUUCGUUUUCUUCGAUGGGGAAACAAGUUCAGGAGUUUCAUCUCCACCAGCCAUUGUGUAGCACAGCUGACUCACAGACACUGAGCAACCACCGGUGGGGGAGGAUUGAGCCUUGCAGCUGCAAGCCAGGGGUCUCAAACUUGUGAUCCUGAUGCAGAAUGUAUAAGAAGAAAAACUGAAAUAAGCAAAGAUGGACAGAAUGAGGAAAAAAGAGGAGAAUGUGUGGAAAAGAUGGGAGGAACCAAAGAUGGGGAGCGUGGAUAAAAAAGCCGGAAGCAGCCACUCCUGUCCAGCGCUGGAAUGCUGGUAUAUUAACGAAAAGGCUAAAGGAGGUCUAACAUCGCCCCCCAGCCAGGACAAGUCCCUGCUUCACAUCUGGACAGAAGGCCAACAUGCUGACAUGCCACAAGAGUCGUCUGACCCCAGCAUCCAGAGAAUCUACACAGUUGCUGAUCCGGCAGCAACGCUGUGUCACGACUCACCCAGAGGCUCAAUCAGUAAGCCCUUUUGUGAGCUUAGCCGUUUUCAGCCGCAGUCUUCCACCAUCGAAUGGGCUGCCUCGCUCACAAGGGACAACAGCCCCAUAUACCUCGAAGCCGACUGGUAUUCUGCUGCUGUUGAAGGAAUGGAUGGACGGCACGGUACAUCCAGCAUCAUGCGCGCGUCCACCGGAACCAACAAACUGGACGUGGUCCUCAGUGUAACCACCAAAACACUAGUGAUGCAAUCCAGACUAGGGGAGCCAGUGACGCUGGACUGCCAAUUCUGGGCCGACCCCGCUUCUCCACUGUACGAGUCGAACUUUGCCGUGGAGUGGCGCUACCAGUCUCGAGGCAACGGCCGUCUGCUCCUGGCUUACGACGGCAAGGCAGACCGGCUGUCUGAAAUGCCAGAGGAAGGCACCGUGAUGAACUUUGAAGGGCUACACCGUAAUGGAAAUGCAUCCCUGACGCUGCAGAAAGCCCAAGUAAACCACACUGGAAUGUACAUCUGUAUGGUGUAUCUGCCGCACCUUCUGGCUCAGAUCACCAUGCAGCUGGAGAUCGUAGAACCACCCUCUCUGUCCAUCCAACCGUCCCCGCUGCCUCUCCCUCAUCCCGGGCAGACUUUAACGGUCCAGUGCGUGGCCUCAGGCUUUGCCCCCCAUUCCUUGGAGCUGAGCUGGGAGUUGAAAGGCCCAGAUGGGAAGACCCGUUCACUGGGAGGCGGCCGCCUCUCUGGCCACAGGCAGUCCUGGGAUGGCACUUUCAGCCAGGAUGCACGGCUGGAGCUCAAUUUGUCUGAUCCGGAGCUGGCCAGCGGAGGCGAGGUUAUCUGUGUCGCGGUGCAUCCCGGGGGUACACGGCGUACCAGCGUGCCCCUUAGGGUCAUUGGUUUCAGCUCGCCAUCAAUUGAAGACUCCAUGGCAAUGGUGGGUGUGGCCUUGGUUCUCUACGGUCUCAUCAAGUUCGUCUCUUGGACCUUCAUCCCUUCAGGUUCAAAUGAGGCAGAGGGAACAGACAAGGCAAGUUUAUUUCACAAUUUAAUUUUAAAACAAAAUGUUCUGUUUGACUUAAUUUUCAACUUCCUGCAGAAAGAGAAGUGAAGAGGCAUACUUGCUUUGCAGUCUGCAUCACUGGAAGGUCCGAAGAAAAUGAAACGUUAAAAAAUAGUUUGACAUUUUCUUUGUUUUACAUUAAUGUUAAUGUGAAAACCAUUAAGAUUUAAAAAAUGGAAUGCAAAUGGAAUAUUUGUGGAUUCUGCUCUUCUUGUCUUUUAAACUUUUCCAAUUAUUGGGAACUUGUAUUGUCAUUUUUUGGAACGUUGAGUAACAACAAAUAUGAAUAAAGUGUGGUUUUGGUCAAAUUA